CCUCGACCCCUCUUACCACAGCCCUCAAGCUGCUCCCCAUCGGGUGCCCUGCAAGCCAGGCUCUUCCCGCUCCCGAUCGCUGCCCUCGACCCCGUCCCGCCAUGUCCUCUGACAACCCACGGGAAAGUCAGUUUACGGCCCUCAACGCUGCCAGGCCGCGCCGCGCGGAACCUGCUGGGGCGGGAACACGGAAAAGGAGAGGCGGGAGGCUCCUCGCUUCGGCCUCUCUUCGCCGCAGGGCUGCCGCCCCCUGAGGGGCGGAGGCAGUGCGGCGGUGGCCGACGACCCUGUGGCGGCGGGGGUGGUGGCACAGGGCCGGCCGGGCCUGCCUUCCCCCUCCGCCCCUACACGGGUCACAUGAGAGGGGCGGGCGGCUGGGCCGAGGCGGCGGCUGCUGCCGGGGCUGAGGCAGGGGUGGGCGGAGAGGGACUGGGCAGAGGAGCUCAGCGGCACAGCGCGGCGGAGGUGGAGGAGAAGGGGCCUCGAGGCGCGGGGCGCCGCGAAGGAGGCGCCGAACGAGUGGAGUGAGUCCGGGGCCUCUCUCAGCCGCGGCCGUCGCGGGAGCGUCCUGCCUGCGGCCCCAACAUGGACGAAGAAGGCGGUGGAGGUGGCGGCGUGCCUGAUGACCUCUCCAUAGAAGAAAGAGAAGAGCUUUUAAAUAUUCGUCGCAGAAAAAAAGAGCUGAUUGAUGAUAUCGAGAGAUUAAAAUUUGAAAUUGCUGAAGUUAUGACAGAAAUUAAUAAUCUGACAAGUGUAGAAGACAGCAAAACUACACAGAGAAAUAAGCAAAUAGCCAUGGGAAGGAAGAAAUUCAACAUGGACCCUAAGAAGGGAAUACAGUUUCUGAUAGAAAAUGACCUCCUGCAGAACACAGCAGAAGACAUUGCACAGUUCCUUUAUAAAGGAGAAGGAUUAAAUAAAACAGUAAUUGGAGAUUACCUCGGUGAAAGAGAUGAAUUUAAUAUUAAAGUUCUUCAGGCUUUUGUUGAACUCCAUGAGUUCGCUGAUCUCAAUCUUGUACAAGCUUUAAGGCAGUUUCUGUGGAGCUUCAGACUCCCAGGAGAAGCUCAAAAAAUCGAUCGUAUGAUGGAAGCUUUUGCUUCACGCUAUUGCCUUUGUAACCCAGGAGUCUUCCAGUCUACAGAUACGUGCUACGUGCUUUCCUUUGCGAUCAUCAUGUUAAACACCAGCCUGCACAACCACAACGUAAGAGAUAAACCAACAGUAGAGAGAUUUAUUUCCAUGAAUCGUGGAAUUAAUGAAGGUGGAGACCUUCCAGAAGAAUUAUUGCGGAAUUUAUAUGAAAGUAUUAAGAAUGAGCCGUUUAAGAUUCCAGAGGAUGAUGGAAAUGAUCUAACACAUACAUUUUUUAACCCAGAUAGAGAAGGUUGGCUGCUGAAAUUAGGGGGAAGAGUAAAAACGUGGAAGCGGAGAUGGUUUAUCCUGACUGAUAAUUGCCUGUAUUACUUUGAAUACACAACAGACAAAGAACCUAGAGGAAUUAUUCCAUUAGAAAAUCUUAGCAUAAGAGAAGUUGAAGAUCCCAGGAAACCGAACUGCUUUGAACUCUAUAAUCCCAGUCAUAAAGGUCAAGUAAUUAAAGCGUGUAAAACUGAGGCUGAUGGUAGAGUGGUGGAAGGCAACCAUGUAGUGUACAGAAUAUCUGCUCCCACCCCAGAGGAAAAGGAAGAGUGGAUUAAAUCUAUCAAAGCAAGCAUCAGCAGGGAUCCCUUUUAUGACAUGCUGGCAACGAGGAAACGAAGAAUUGCAAAUAAGAAAUAGAACCUGAUCAGCAACUUGCAUACCUGCAUCAGCCUAUAAAUGAGCAUAGAGUUGAGUGAUAAUGUAAAAAUUGGACAAACUGAAUGGAGACAAUAACUGUAAAUUUUUAUAUAUAUAUAUAUAUAUACACACACACACACUUUGAUAAAAAAAAACAGGCAAGACCUUUCAGGGUAAGUAGGUAUUGGCAUAUAAUUUGAAGCAUCAAAUCCCAGAGAUUAUUCUAUUGGAACUUAAUUACACUGAAAACAUGGAAGCCUUGUUUUUACUUCAUUAGUUACAAUUCCAGUUUACUUGGGUUGGGAGGGAAGGAAUUCAAGGCUAAUAGUAAAAUGUCCUAUACCUGUUAUUUGAGUGCAUUUGCCCCAAAAGGAGGAUUGAUUAUAAAACCUUCAUCUCUCACUGAAAUGCAGCACCAGAAGUGGAGCACAGCGUGAUCUAGCACUUAACUUUUCCAUAGAAAGAAAAGCCACCAUCUCAAUGUCAGCUUUCAAGUCAAGUGUGUUUCACAGUACACAAACAGCUGAGUGCAGCUUUUAGUUUGGAUUUGUUCCCCCACCUUUAUGGGAAAUAGCUUUUAUUCUUCUUCAGAAAAGCAACUCAGUUGUAGCAGACUGGCACCUGCAUAGUUAAAUAGUAGUGCCAAAGAGUUUGGUUGGUAAGUGUUGAAAUGUAUUUGCAGGUGCCAAGAGCAAAGGUUUGAGUCUGAUAUGACGCUCUAAGUACAGAUGUGGUUUGAUGUUUGCCAGUAAGCUAAAACUCAUUGCUGCCUACUCAUACUCUCAGAAUAAGCAGUAAGACUGAAUGAAUGGUUAAUCUGCUGCUUCUUACAUAGUAACAUCUUUCUUAAGUUUCAGAUAUGUUGUAGUUUAAUUAACACUAAGUUACUAAUAAAGGGUUAAGAAGAUGGGGCUUGCAUGAGUUGAGGCUUUGCAUGUGAAAACGUCCCUCAAUAGUUACAGAUGCAUUUGACCUUUCUGGGGGGGGAA